CGCAUCGUCAUCUUACGCAGUGUGCAUCUCACUGGCAGUCACACACACCAUCCGCCUACGUAUAGUCCUAAAUUUACUGGAUUUUCCCGGGCUUUUUUUCCCCGUCUCGCUUAAAACAAAAGCUCACUCAUUACACGUGGUCAAAAUGCAUACUAUGUCUGCUGUUGACAAGGAGAUAGAGGCCGAAGGCGCUGAUUGGCGAUACAUCAACGACGGCACAGCAGAAUGGGGCCUCCAUUUUCCCGAAGCUCGCGGCGACUGCCAGUCCCCAAUCAACAUCAACUCCCGUCAGUCAGUUUACGACAGCGCCCUCAAUCAGCCCAGCUUGAAUGCAGACUACGCUCUGUGCCGUGAAUGUGAGAUGAUCAAUACUGGAAACACAGUGCAGAUCAGUGUCAAAUACAAGCCAGAUGGAGUCAUGGCAGGCCUAGGCAAAUCCGAACCACCGCCAAGAUCAGUCUUAACAGGAGGUCCUUUGGCACCAGACUCAGCGUACGAGUUGGCCGAGUUUACGUUCCACUGGGGCCGAGAAGACGACAGGGGCUCUGAACACACAGUGAACGGCAAGGCAUACCCCAUGGAGCUUCAUCUGAUUCACUGGAACAGUCGCCUGUAUGACACCGUGGAGGAGGCCAUGGGUCGAGAUGACGGUAUAGCUAUUAUCGCUCUCUUCAUACAGGUUGGCCGGGAGCACGUCGGUUUACGAACUUUAACGGACUAUCUUGAAACAGUGCAAUGCAAGGGCAAGAGCUUGUCAGUGACUACGCCAUUCCACCCGAUCUGCCUGCUCCCCGAUCCCAUGCUUCGAGAUUUCUGGUCCUACAAAGGUUCGUUGACGACUCCACCUUGUAACGAGAAAGUCACAUGGAUAUUGUUUAGAUACCCACUCACGAUCUCUCAUACUCAGAUGGAGGAGUUCCGAAGACUGAAGAAUUAUCCGAAAGGAGCACACCCAGCCGCCGAUGACGAUGGGUUCUUAGUGGAUAAUUUCCGGCCCACUCAGCCCCUCAACGAUCGCGUAGUCCGAGCAUCGUUCCAAUGAGAAGGUUAUGAAAUCAAAACACCUACAAAAUAACAACUGAAUUUGGUAUAAUUAUUGCAAUGAUUAAUGUAAUAUAUACCCCAAUUCGGGUUUAGGAUGACUGUGCCACUAUGAACAACUGCAAUGCUGUAUAUAUUUAUUGGACUUUGUUUGAAGAAGAAAACAAAAUGAACAACACUAAAUCGAGCUUCGUUCCAAAGAGUAAAAAAUGAGAAACAAAACACCGAACAGUAAAAUUUAGUGAUAUUAUAAUUUUGCAAUGAUUAAUGUAAUUUUCAAUCCCGAUCGGGUUUAAUUUAAUGAUGACAGUAUAGGAACAACUACAAUAUAUAACACAGUAUUUAUUGGUACUUUAUUUGUUUCACCACAAAACAUGAACCAAAUGUCACGAGAACAAUGUACAAGUCGAGCAAAGCGAGAUAAUUACAACAAGAGGAAUUGUUAUUUAAUAUCAUUAGAAUUCACGUUAUUUUUUUGUAAUUUUUUGUUUGCGUCGUGUUGUGCACAGAUAGUGGCACAAAAUUACCACCCGAAUUGCCAUAACGACGUUUCUGGUCACCACAAGUGGUGGAAUUAUGCCUAUCUUAGUCGAUCAAAAUGUGAAUUUUUUUAUUUAUAUAUUGGCGCUAAAUUAUAUUGGCAUGAAUUUACCAUCAAAAUCGCCAUUACGAUAUUUCUGAUUUGCAUGCCUUAUGUUGUUGUGAUGUUACCGGUAUACAAAGUGACGCCGUGAGUUCAUUUUCUACCUUUUGGGGUGUAUUAAUAAUUGCUGCUUAAACUCACCUAUGAAGUACUUAUUGAAAUAUUUGGAAGUUGUAUUUUUACCACUAUGUGCACUUUUAAAGAGCUUCUCUUGAUAAAAUGUUCGUAUCCUCAAUUGAUGAACAACUAUGUAUAUAAGAGCUAGAUUAAAAAAGGGUUUUUAAAAAUCCUGAACUGCAAUGUUUAGUCAGUAUUGUGUAAACAGAGGUAUGUGUUGUUUGCUAAUAAAUAUUUGUGUCACAAUCUGUUGCCACUUAAA